AUGGUGGUGUUGGUGGUCACGCGGCGGUCUUGUGAUACCUUCGUCCCGACCGCCCCGUCGACGUGCCCCUGGGUCACAUCAGUUGGCUCGUCGCAGCUCGUUUUCGAAAACUUCACUAAGAACAACUUUUCGGAGAUUGCGGCGUCCUUUUCCACAGGCGGUUUUUCGAACCACUUCAAGGCACCCACCUACCAGAAAGCAGACGUCAGUUCGUAUGUUGCGGGGGUUAACGGUUACGAAGGGUUGUACAACAAGACUGGACAAGGCAUCCCCGAUGUGUCUGCUCAGGGGGUGAACUUCCCCAUUCUCCUUAGCGAACGGUGGUACCUCCAGCCAUCGCAUUCCUCAACGACGAGCUCAUCUCGGCUGGGCGGCCCCCCGCUCGGGUUCCUUAACCCGCUCCUCUACAGUCCAGCGGGGCGGGCCGCGCUCAAUGACGUGUCGGUUGGCAAAAACCCCGGAUGCGGAACAAGCGGGUUCAACGCGACUGCUGGCUGGGACCCUGUCACUGGCCUCGGGUCGCCGAACUACGCCAGACUCAGGAAGGCAGUUGGACUCGCGUAG